CACCAACAACAACGCACAGCGGCGAUGGCGACGACCCGGUCCCAGCGCAAGACGUCGUUCUCGACCAAGUUUACGCCCGAGGUCGUCGGCCCCGGCGCAUAUGCCCCACCGGACCUGCUUGCCAAGACCGUCCAGCCCAGCUACUCGGCGUUUAGCAGCUCGGACAAGCGCAAUUUGAACAAGAACACGGGCACUUCGGCCAUGACGCCAGGCCCCGGGGCCUACGUCAAGGAUGCGGGGCAUGGCAACGGCACAGCCAUGAACGCCUUUGCCACUAAAGUGUCCCGGUUUGCACCGCAUGCCCCGGGGUCCUCCAUCUACAAAGCGUCGACCGUACAAGACAAUCCUGGACCAGGGACAUAUACGGCCGACAUUGAGCAGCUACCUGCGCCUGCGGCACCUGUGCCGUCGCGUCCGCAGCAGUUCAAUACACCGGGCAUGCAGCCGGGUGUGCCCACGAUUCCGCGAAAGGAUCAGAGCUACGGCUACACGGCCGAUGAGAACGGCGUCUUGAAGCGGCACACGGCGCCAGCGUCCACGUACUCGGGUUUGGGCCAAGACACGGUGGGGCCCGCGGGCUACAACGUGCGAAAGGAGCCGACAGCGGACAUGGCGACGACCGUGCCCAGUCUCAAGUCGACCGUGAAGCGCGAGGUCUGGGAAGAGCUCUCGCCGCGAAUAGAUGUGCCCGGUCCCGGCACGUAUGCGCCCAAGUUGCGGCCGCAGGCGUCACAGAGCGACCGGCCCAACGCUGUCUUUGCCUCCAAAGUGCCCAUUCUGCCAGAGCCGAGACGUAUCGAGAAGGAUCAGGAAAAAGCCAUUUUGCUGGCGCUCCAAGAGCAAAGCCACAAUCCAAAGCCCAAGGUCCAAGGCGUCAAGAAGGAGCAGUUUGGGUCCACGGCUGGCCGCGCCAACAUUGCGUCCAACAUGAACACACCGUUUAUUCAGCCCACGUACAACCAAACACCCGGACCCGGCACGUACGUCGACAAGAAGACGUACGACCAGCGGCGCCGGCUGCACUCGAAAAAGAGCUUUCGAGACGACGCGGUCGGGUUCCAAGCGAUCUCGGAGCGUCCGUGCUUGGCGAAAACCAAGCCCACCUAUGCCACCGGCCCGGGCUCGUACAACCCCGCCGGCCACGACCUCACACUCGAAAAGGCGGUGCGCCAGAAGCAACACGUGGGCCGCAACGGCGUCUUUGGCUCGACCACCGAGCGCUUCCUCUGGAACCUCACGCCCGAGGCGCUCGAGGCCGAAGAGCAGCUGCCUGGCCCCGGCAAGUACACAGCCGACGCCAAUAUUGUUGAGCCGGUGCCGCCGGGUGUGCGCCGCCAGCGCGUCUACACCUCGUCGUCCUUUCGUUCAACGACGAGCCGGUUUCCAAAGGGCCACAACCAUGCGCCGCAGUUCCAUAUCGUUGGCGAGUGCGCGGCGCCGGCCGUCGGCGACUACGACCUUGUUAACGUCCCAUCGCACCGCGUUGCGGUCAACCCAUUUCUGAAGGUCCCCUUCUUGAGCCAGGGUGCGCGCAGCGAGAUUGGCGCCGACACCAUGUACCGCGAAGUGCCAGGUCCCGGACAGUACGAGGUCGUCUCGCCGCGCGACCAAGUUGUUGGUGGUGCACCGAGCCACCGAACGCGCGGCAACACAAUCCGGUCCACGCUUCCUCUCCAGCAGCGCUUUGAGCGCAAGCCCACCAAGCCGCACCAGCUCAUUGGGCCUGGUGCGUACACGGUGCCCGGUACGGUUGGCGUCAAGACGUUCAACGUGACCAUGCGUGCGAGAAAUCAACAGCACGGAGGAUGAGCAUCGUCAUAGAUAAGAAAAUAAGUUGCGUCGUUACCCCGAG